UCUUGAGGGUCUGCACUCUGCGUUGCUACAUCCCAGAAAGAAAGGGAGUGGAUUCCCGCCUCUUUAAGCUCGGUCGGGUCCGAUUCGCGUGCCGUGUUCCAUUUCCCGAGCGGGGCUGGCUGGGUGGGAACAAGCUCCUGGCCGCCUCCCGAGCGCUGGCUGCUAACACACGGCCGCCCGCCCAGGCCUCCCUUCAGCCCGGUGGCGGAGCCCCGCGUUUUCCCAGCGGAGCCGGGCCCGGGGCUGCUCCCUAGCGGGCGGGGCUCACCUGUCCCGGUCCGGCCCCCUCCAGUGCCCCAGGUGGCUCAGGGCGGGGAGGAGCCGCGCCCCGCCCCACGCGGCCGCAGCCGACGCCAGCCCCAGGGAGGCGCGCGGGGAGCCGGGACUGGGAGCCGGGCGAGGGCGCAGAGAGGCCCGGCGGGCGUGGGCGGCGAGGCUGGAGUUCAAUGGCACGAUCUUGGCUCACCGCAACCUCCGUCUCCUGGGUUCAGGCAAUUCUCCUGCCUCAGCCUCCUGAGUAGGUGGGAUUACAGAAAUUCCUAGGAGAUAAUAGACCCAGCCCUCCUGUGCUCCCUGAAUGGCUUCAGCACACCUUUUUGAAGACGGGGUUUUGCCAUGUUGGACAGGCUGAUCUUGAACUCCUGACCUCAAGUGAUCCAUCCGCCUUGGCCUCCAAAAUCCACCAUGCCCAGCCAAGGAAGAAAUUUCCAGAAGGGGAACGUAUCUAUUAAUUCAUACUUGACUCAGAGUCUUUUUAUAUGUCCCUCUGUGUCCGUGUCCUUCACUGUCUCUCAGCCUUCCCACACAUGAAUGUACUCUACGUACACAUACACCACCCAGUCCACCUGUGCUUCACAUCUGCUGUCUCCCUUGAACUGUUGCCUGCAGAAGUCACACUGUAUCAUGAUAGGCAUGACAAGGGGAAUUCCAGGCAUUGCUUUUGGUCCGCUUUAGGUGAAAUAACACAUUCAGCAGUUGGCACAAACAUGGUGGAGAUGAAUGCAGUGAAAGCAUUGCAUGGUAUCUAGUGGCAACAAAUGUUUACAUAAAGAAGAAAAGUGUCCUCUGAUAUAAUCUCAGAAACGGCUGCCACAGGCUUUUGAAACAAUUAGUUUAGACUAUUUCACAGAGCAUUAAGCUUAACAAUGUCAGUAUGUUCCUAAAUGCUGUUCAAGAAAAUUUUUGCAAUGAGGCCAAAAUUUAGGUUGGCAAAAGGGCACUCUCAAAUAGGCAACCUCAUCUUGUUAUUUUAAAACAGCUUUUUUGAGAUAUAAUUGACUUCCAAUAAACUGCACAUAUUUAAAGUAUACAAUUUGCUAAGUUUGGACAUAUGUAGUAUACAUCUGUGAAAUUAUCACCUCAAUCAAGAUAAUGAACACAUUAAUCACCCCCAAAUGUUUUCUUUUGCACCUUGGAAAUCUACCUCCCACCCAUCUCUUCCUGCCCUGUUGCCCAGGCAGGGAAGUACUUUCUGCCACUAUAAUUUGCAUUUUCUAGAAUUUUAUAUUAAGAAUAUAGUGUAUACUCAUUUUUGUCUGGCUUCUUUCACUCGGGCUCAUUUUUGUGAGAUUCAUACACGUUGUGCAUUUAUAUAUAUAUUUUUGAGAUGGAGUCUUGCUCUGUUGCCCAGGCAGGAGUGCAGUGGCAAGAUCUCAGCUCACCACAACCUCUGCCUGCCAGGUUCAAGUGAUUCUCCUGCCUCAGCCUCCCAAGUAGCUGGGAUUACAGAUGCAUGUUGCCACACCCAGCUAAUUUUCAAUAUUUUUGGUAGAGACAGAGUUUCACUGUGUUGGCCAGGCUGGCCUCAAACUCCUGAUCUCAAGUGAUCUGCCUGCCUCGACCUCCCAAAGUACUGGGAUUACAGGUGUGAGCCUCCAUGCCUGGCCAUGCAUAUCAUUAUUUUUUACUGAAGUUUUAUAAUUUCAAGUUUUUUACUUUUACGUCUAUGAUCCAUUUUGAGUUACUGUUUGUCUUUUAACAGUCCAUUUUAUCUUUAUGCCACAAUCUGUUUAUCCAUUUGCCUGUUGAUGGACAUUUGGGUUGGCUUCAGCUUUGAGCUAUUACAAAUAAAGCUAGUAUGAACAUUUGUGUACAGAUCUUUGUACAGAUAUAUAUUUUCUUUUCUGUUGGAUAAACAGCUAGGAGUGCAAUGGCUAGAACAUUUGGUAGUUGUGUAGACAAUGUUUUUCAAAGAGUGAUACCAUUUUAUGUUCCAAAAGCAAUAUAUUUAGAGUUCUAUUCCUCUGCAUCCUCACCAACACUGGUAUGUUAGUUAUUUUAUCUUGUGGGUUUAAGAGAGAAAAUGGCUAAUAUACUGUGUGUUGGUGAGGAUGCAUCUCCAAACUGAGUAAUGAUGUUGAGCAUUCUUUAUGUAUGUGCUAUUUACCAUUUGUAUACCAUUUUCUCUGGUAAGGUGUCUGCGCAUUUAAAAAUUUGUGUUGUUUUCUCAUUGUUUGUUUUGAGCAUUCUUACAUAUUCUAUAUGGGAAUCCUCUAUUAGAUAUAUACUUUGCCAAUCUUUUAUUAUAAUCUGUGACUUGUCUUUUUUAUUCCCUUAACAAUGUCUUUCAAAGAACUAAAGGAUGAUUGAUGAAAUUUAAUUUGUCAGAAUUUUUACUGAAUCUUGCUUUCAGUGUUAUAUGUAAGAAAUCUGUGCCUAACCCAAAGUCAUAAAGAUUUUCUCCUAUACUUUCUUCCGGAAGUUUUAUAAUUUUAAGUUUUACUUCUUUGUCUGUGAUCCAUUUUGAGUUAUUGUUUUUCUUUUAAAAUGUAAUUUAAAAAUGUAUAAUUGACUCAUAAUUGCACAUAUUUUGGGGGUACAAUGUGACAUUUCAAUACAUGUAUAUAUAGUGUAAAGCUCAAAUUGGGAUAAUUAUUGUAUCCAUAACUUUCAACACUUACUAUUCUUCUGAAUGGUUCAACUUUUUGCAAAUAUAUAUCCAGUUGCUCCAGUACUUGCUGAAAAGUCUAUCUUUUUCUCCUUUGAAUGGCCACUGCACAUUUGUCAAGAAUCAGUCAUUCAUAUAUUUGUCAAUAUGUGUCUAUUUCUGUCCUAUUCUGUUCCAUGGAUCAAUGUGCCGCCCUUGUCUUGAUUACUGCACCUUUGUGAUAAAUCUUGAAAUCAAGUACUUGACUAUUCUGGGUCCUUUUGCAUUUUGAUAUGGAUUUUGGAAUAAGAAUCAGCCUGUUACUUUCUACAAAGAAAAGCUUGCUGGGAAUUUGAUUGCAUGGUGUAGAUAAUAACGAAGGGAAGAUUGCAGUUUUAAUAUACUAAUAUGUGUCUUCCAAUCCAUGAACAAUGUAGUAACAGGAUUUAUUUAAGUUUUCUUACUGGCUAGCCAUGUGCGGAAAGCAGAAACUGGACCCCUUCCUAACACCUUACAUUAAAAUUAACUCCAGAUGGAUUAAAGAGUUAAACAUAAGACUUGGCACCAUAAAAACCCUAGAAGAAAAUCUAGGUAAAACCAUUCAGGACAUAGGAGUAGGCAAGGACUUCAUGACCAAAACACCAAAAGCAUUGGCAACACAAGCCAAAAUAGACAAAUGGGACCUAAUAAAACUCCACAGCUUCUGCACAGCAAAAGAAAUAGUCAUUAGAGUGAAUCGGCAACCAACAGAAUGGGAAAAAAGUUUUGCAGUUUACCCAUCUGACAAAGGGCUGAUAUCCAGAAUCUACAAAGAACUCAAACAGAUUUACAAGAAAAAAACAAACAAGCCCAUUCAAAAAUGGGCAAAGGAUAUGAACAGACACUUUACAAAAGAAGACAUACAUAAGGCCAACAAACAUAUGAAAAAAUGCUCAUCAUCACUGGUCAUUAGAGAAAUGCAAAUCAAAACUACAUUGAUAUACCAUCUCACUCCAGUUAGAAUGGCAAUCAUUAAAAUAUCUGGAGACAAUAGAUGCUGGAGAGGAUGUGGAGAGAUAGGAACACUUUUACACUGCUGGUGGGAGUGUAAAUUAGUUCAACCAUUGUGGAAGACAGUGUGGCGAUUUCUCAAGGGCCUAGAAAUAGAAAUUCCAUUUGACCCAGCAAUCCCAUUACUGGGUAUAUAUCCAAAGGACUAUAAAUCAUUCUAUAAGGACACAUGCACACGAAUGUUCAUUGCAGCACUGUUUACAAUAGCAAAGACCUGGAAUCAACCCAAAUGCCCAUCGAUAAUAGACUGGACAGGGAAAAUGUGGCACAUAUACACCAUAGAAUAUUAUGCAGCAAUCAAAAAUGAUGAGUUCGUGUCCUUUGUAGGGACAUGGAUGAAUCUGGAGAACAUCAUUCUCAGCAAACUGACACAAGAACAGAAAAUGAAAUACCACAUGUUCUCACUCAUAGGUGGGUGUUGAACAAUGAGAACAUGUGGACACAGGGAGGGGAGCA